AUGGCCCAGCCAACCGCAGAGCCCGUCGAGGAUUACGACUACGAAUCUCUCCCGCCCAACUUCUCAUUGACGCAGAACAUGGUCGCCGGUGCCUUCGCAGGCAUAGCUGAACAUACGGUGAUGUAUCCCAUUGACGCGAUUAAGACACGAAUGCAAAUCAUCAACCCCUCCGCGAACGCCGUAUACAAGGGCAUGAUCCAGAGUACUAUGCGCAUAGCGAGCGGGGAAGGCGUCCUUAAGUUGUGGCGAGGAAUGUCGAGCGUUGUUGUUGGAGCAGGACCUGCGCAUGCGGUUUACUUCGCGACGUACGAGGCCGUCAAGCAUCUUAUGGGUGGUAACAGAGUAGGCGUUCACCAUCCCCUCGCAGCUGCUACGAGUGGAGCUUGUGCGACCAUUGCCAGCGAUGCGCUGAUGAACCCCUUCGACGUGAUCAAGCAACGUAUGCAGAUUCAACACUCCAGCAAGAUGUACCGGUCGAUGACCGAUUGCGCACGAUACGUCUACAAGACGGAGGGCAUCUCCGCAUUUUACGUUUCUUACCCUACCACACUAUCCAUGACCGUGCCUUUCACCGCCCUUCAAUUCCUCGCCUACGAGUCUAUCUCUACUGCCAUGAACCCGACCAAGACCUAUGACCCCUUCACCCACUGCAUGGCAGGCGCCGUCGCUGGCGGGUUUGCCGCGGCUCUAACGACCCCCAUGGACGUAAUCAAGACGAUGCUCCAGACCCGCGGCACUGCCACCGACCCGGAGCUUAGAUCGGUGAAUGGAUUCGUGGCGGGGUGCAAGCUCAUGUACCGACGAGAGGGCAUGCGUGGAUUCUUCAAGGGGGUUCGGCCGAGAGUUGUCACUACUAUGCCGAGCACGGCUAUUUGUUGGUCGGCUUACGAGGCCUCUAAAGCCUAUUUCAUUCGCACUAACAUCGCAGCGUCGUCGUCGUGA